AUUAGCAUGUAGCGUUAUUCCGGGCGGCUGCCGACCGACAGGUUUGUUAACGUCAUGGGCGACGAUUACGGCGGUGGGGCGGACGACUUUGAGUCGGAUGAGGACAUACUUGACGAGGUCCCGGAAGAGGAACUUGAAGCGAAACCGGAUGCGGUAACAUAUGUAUCCGCCGAUGAUCCUUCUCGAGUGGCUUCCGGUGCAGUCAUCACUGGACCAGUGGAGAAAAGCAAACGGAUAACUACACCCUACUUGACAAAAUACGAACGUGCACGAGUGCUGGGUGCACGUGCUCUCCAGCUGUCUAUGUCCGCUCCCGUCAUGGUAGAACUCGAUGGUGAACGUGAUCCCCUAAAAAUCGCUGAAAAGGAACUGCGUGCGAAUAAAAUUCCCAUAAUUAUCCGCAGGUACCUCCCAGACGGAAGUUUUGAGGAUUGGAGUCUAGACGAGCUGAUUUUAACAGAGUGAUGUUUUCUACAAGAACUGCAUUUUCCCUCGAAAUCAACAUGUAACUUAUUUUUUCAACGUUGCCAACCAUUCUAGUUGCACUACCUUUUUGACACUUUCUGAAUCCCGUUUGAACGGUUAAUCAAAUUGCCAUUCACACGUUUUCCUACGUUUUCUGUUUCUCACCGGUCAAUAUCUAGUCAAAAUUAUUCUGGAUCAUUUCUGUAGUGUCUUUGUGGC